GACCAUCAGGUUCUACUCACUUAGUAGUAACUGGUAACUAGACUGGCCUACGCCAAGGCCAAUAUCAAACAACAUACACCAGACUAGAGAGAUGAAAAAAUCAAAUUCAUAGUAAAUAAUCCGGAUAUGCCCCAAAACGUAAUGGGUUCUUACCUCGCCCAUGCCCCAUCCCUCCACAAAGUUCAGUACAAAUCGGUUGCGUACUUUUUGCGUAAUCCUUCUGAUAAACAAACCAACACAACAGACAGUGGCGAAAACAUAACAUAGGUAGUAGGAAAGAGGAGUAGUGACAGGCAGCCCUAAAUUCCCGAAAGCAGCUGAACGCAUCACUCUCCGGUGUGGCCGGACACCUUACAUUCAGAGAAGACAGUGACAACAAUGAGACAGCAGUAAUCCGACACGGCCCCGCGGAUUAAAAGGAUUAACAGUCGAUGACAGCAGGAUUUAGUCUGAACCCGGGUCCGAUCUUAAUAAAGUUUGGUGCCAGUGUUGUUUGAGCAAAGAGCCGUUUCAACAUCCACCUCGCGAGCCACACAAACUGGGCCACAUCGCGUCCCCAACCCCGGCCCUGAAUGUCUAAACUACCAGGAAAUGCAGGUCUGUCGGUGCUCGGGGACAAGUCGCUGGAGUUUUACCGCGACCCAGUGAGCUUCUACCGGCAGAGGAUCGGGAAACACCGGGGCAGAGUGUUUCAGUGCCGCCUGCUGAACAGGCCGACCGCCUUCAUCUGCUCCGUACGGGGGAUGAGAGAGCUGCUCUGCGAGAAGUCCAGCUUGUUUCUGAAGGAUCCGACUGACUUGAUGAUCAACGUGUAUGGUGACACCAUUGUCACCUCUAAUGGUGAAGAGGCAUGUCUUCUCCGUCUAUCCCUCAGCAGCCUGUUUACAGGAAGUUGUUUGAAGUCAUCAAGCGAUUAUAUCACCAGUGUAUGUGUGCGCUGUCUGAAGGACCUCUCUCUCAGUGGACAGCCAGAGUGUGUCUACUCUGUCUUUAAGCGCCUGGGGACGGAGUUGGUUUUGGGCCUUUUUCUGAACGUACGAGCGGAGGAGCAGCCCGAACUAUUCCAGGAAAUCGUGCAGCUCUGCACCCAGCACUGGCAUGGCCUGAUCUCUGCUCCGGUGAACUUGAAGGUUCCUCUAUGGUCGUCGGGCUUCUCCACUGCUCUGGACGCCAGAGACAAACUGAUGGACAUCAUUAAAGACAAACUGGAGAAUGACACAGAAGGUUUUGUUGGCUCUCUGGGCUCUUUGCCGCUGCCGGACUCCAGUUCUGCCUCCCAGCAUCUCCUGCUGUUCAUCUCAGCUCUGAUCCCCAAAGCUCUGGCGUCGCUGCUCACCUCCUUCACACUGGCACUCCUCGGAAACGUACAGGAGCAGACACGUCGGCGAGCGACAGAGGACCCUGAUUACCUGCACAGAGUACUGCUGGAGGUGCAGAGACUCUGGCCUCCUUUCAUCGGUGGACGCAGAAUAGCUGAUCAGGACUCCACCCUUGCAGGUUGUCAUGUCCCAAAGGGUUAUGGUGCAAUAUAUAUCAGCCACGCCGUCCACCGUGACCCAGAGGUGUUCCAGCAGCCAGACAACUUCCUACCAGAGAGGUGGAGCGGAAGGAAUGCUGGCCAGGAGCACUUCCUGUGUUCCUUCGGCAGUGGGCCCAGGAACUGCAUUGGAUCUAAACUCACCAGUUUCUUCCUCAAGGAAGUGUGCAUGUACCUGCUAAAGCACUACGCCUGGUGUUUGGACCCUCCAUCACAGGACCUUGAGUACAAAUGGCUGCCUGUGUCUCGCCCCACCAACCCCCCUACCAUGUCUUUCACCCAACUGGAUCAGACCAGAACUGACAAGAGCGACACGAGCUAGGGAUGCACACUAUAUUUAGUGAUGUACCUGCUGAUAAACUGGGGGAGAAAAAAACAAAAAAAGCCGGCACAUGUCUGGGCACACUGAGAGGGAAGUCAUCAAACCGUGAGGCUUUCCCCCGCUGCAUAUAAUACAGUAAUCAUGCUGGGGAAAGCCGAGGAGUGUGCUGGUUUCACUCUGUGUGUUCCUCUGCCAGAUAUUCUGCGGCUUUCUUUGAUGAAUCUGCAACAGCAGACAAAAUGAAUGACUCAUCUAUCCAUUGUUGAAUCUGACACUGCUAGACAGCGAUUUUUUUUUUUUUUUUGUCAGUUUUCUAAUGAGUCAGAUAUUACGGUUUAAGAAAGAUCACAAAACAUGAAACUCCUUGGCUCAUUACAUGUAAUUGCAGUAACAUGUCUUAUACAUCAGACAUUGCUUCAAGGUUGAAUUGAGAUACACCUUCCUUUUUCUUUUUUCUGUCUUUUUUUUUCAUGGUGGUGUGUUUUUUUUUUUUUUCCUCACACUGCAGUAUCAGUGUUUAAACCAAGUGACUCCAAGGGAACACACACGUGCACACACAAACACGGAAGUGAGCCCCUCAGAUUCCAUCAAUGACUGCAAACCUGUCUCCCCUCCCCCCUCCACCACCUAGCAACGACCACUGCUUAGCAACAGUUCGUCAUACUGAAACUGACUUGCUUCAUUUUAGUAUGCAAGUCUCUCUCUCUCUCUCUCUCUCUCUCUCUCUCUCUCAAACUCACACUCACACACUCUAACCUGGUUAUUUUUGAAUGCAUUCAGUCGGCAGUGAUACGCACGCCUUCUGAAUGACAUGUAAAUUAUGCCAGAAGGCGUUUCAGAGCACAUUUUAAAUAACCUGGGUAACUUGAAUGAUUUGUAUGAAUCAUAGACCAAACUACACUUGUUCUCUUCCUUCUACACUGAUAAAUGUUAGUUUAAUUUUAUUUUUAUUUUUAAUUUAUUAAUAUAAAAGUGUAGUAAACUUUCUGUUGUGCUUCUUUGCACUUGUCUUUCGUAGCCAUUUAAACGCUGUAAGUGUGAGGUGUCUUUCAUAUGGUGUCUUAUGGUUUGGCGUAUGAAACAGUGUAUAACUUCAUGUAAUGUACGACAUCCGAACUAUCAUGCUGCAUUGUUAUCCUAUGAGCCUGUCUGCUACGUU